AUGGACGGCGAGGAGCCAACCCAAGCCGCGACGCAGCAAAUCGUCGACCCGCGUCGCGUGGGACAGCAAAACACAGGCUUCACCGACGACGAAAUCUCUGACAUUGUCUGCGUCCUCUACCCGCACUCGGCGUCGGCCCGCCAAGAGGUGCAGCGCCUAGUCGCCGACGGCUCGCCCUUUAUCAUUGGCCGGGACGCGGCUGACGGCGUCGAGCCCAACUACGAGCUCGAGGACCGCGCGAGCCAGUUCGAGUCGCACAAUCACAGCGCCAGCGGUGCCGGCGGCGGCGGCGCGCACGCCAUCAUCUUGCGCCUGUCGACGGUGCCUAAGAACCCGGCCGCCGGCUUCGCGUUUGGCCGCAACCCGGGCCGCUGCGACGUCGUCUUCGCCAACGACCCCCUGCGCCGCGUCAGCAACAUUCACUUUCGUAUCUACGUCAACGAGUUUGGCAACGUCAUGAUUGAGGACCAGUCGACCAACGGCACCUUUGUAGAUAGUAAGCUGCUCUCGGCCAAGGUCAAGCAGGGCGCGCCCCAGCAGCCCAGCCGUUGGGUCCUGUCGUCGGGAUCGGUCAUCAACAUCUUUUUGCAUGAUGAGGUGCGGGACUUGACGUUUCGCGUGCGCAUACCUCGCCGUGAGGGCCACUACGAGCAGGCCUACCAACAGCGCGUCGAGGACUACUUCGACCGCCACCGGUUGCCAAGGGAAGGUGGCGUGCCGCCCGUGAACCCUCCCAUACCGGCGGAGCACGUCGACCUCUUUCGGACCGCGGGGCAGCCUCUGCGGCGCCCGCACCAGGACACGACACAGAUGGCGGCGCCCGCGCGCAUGAUCAAGCAGAAUAGCACCCGCGAGUGGACCGGCUCGGGAAAAUACAACAAGGUGCGUGCCGUUGGAAAGGGCGCCUUUGCGGUCGUGUACAAGGUCACGGCGAAAUAUGAUGGCCGGCCUUACGCCGCCAAGGAGCUUGAGAAGCGACAUUUUAUCAAGAAUGGGGUGCUGGAUCAGAAGGUGGAAAAUGAGAUGCGCAUCAUGCAGCGUUUAAAUCAUCCUAAUAUUGUACGAUACAUUGAGAAUUUUGACUGGGACGAGCGUUUAUUCAUCAUCAUCAUGGAGUUUGUCCCUCAAGGCGAUCUGGGUAAGCUCAUUGCCGACAACGGGCCUCUUACGGAGAGAACGACGCAAGUCCUCGCGGUUCAGCUGCUGGCCGCCCUGCGCUACCUGCAAAACUUCAACAUUACGCACCGCGACAUCAAGCCCGACAACAUCCUCAUCAACUCUCUGGAGCCGCUCGAGGUCAAGCUCACCGACUUUGGCCUCUCCAAGAUGAUUGACAGCGAUCAGACGUUUCUGCGCACCUUUUGCGGUACGCUGCUGUACUGUGCGCCAGAAGUCUACACCGAGUAUCUCGAGUACGACGACAACGGACACCGCACGCGGGGUAGGCCAUCGCGGCGCCCACCGGGCCAGCGAUACAGCCAUGCUGUUGACAUUUGGUCUCUGGGUGGCGUAUUGUUCUACUGCCUAACCGGAGCGGCUCCAUAUCCUGCGCGCUCGGUGACGAGCCCAUCAGAGGUGCUGCACAGAGUCAUGACGACGCAACUAAAUAUUGUGCCUUUGCAGAAAUAUGGUGUCAGCGACGCUGGGAUUGACUUUAUUCGCGCCAUGCUCACGCGGAGACCGGAGCACCGAGCAACGGUGGAUGAACUGCAGAAUCAUCCGUGGCUUACUGAUUUUGGCGAGACGAUACAAGCGUCGCAGUCGUUUGACGAAGUGACGGACGAUGAAGAUUUCCCCGGCCAAGCGUCGCAGUUCUCUCAAGGACGGUAUGAGGAUGAUCGGGUCAGCGACUCUGCGGACGACGACUCGGAUCAGGAAAACCAUACCAUCAUUCCGGGGGCCCAAGCGCCUAGGCUAUUUGGAGAGGUAAGCGUCUCGGCCAUUGGUAGCUCCGGCGUCUUUCCGGAAGAAUACCUCAACUUGUCGACUGGCAAUGGCAACCUACCUGUCCCAGGCACGCCGGAUCCCAACCUCGACGAGGCGUACAACUCGGCAGAGUCCUUCUUUGAAAGGGUUACAGCGGCCGACGCGCAGGAUCCGGGUGCCUUGUCAAUUUUUCCAAACCAGUCGAUGGACCAAUUGCAAAGUCUGGUGGAAGAUGUCGCCUCUCAAAGUCUUGGGAGCGACGAUAAGAAAAGUCAAAAGAAGGUGACCUCUUCCCGGCGGUCUAUGAACUCGCUGGAUCUCAAUACUAGUAAAAGAAAGCCUCCGUCUGUCGAAACGAGUGACGAGUUUGACGAGAAUACGCCUCCCGGAAAGCCAAUUAUUAAACGACUACGAUCAGACGGCCACGUGGAUGCCCUGGUCACCGAUGAGAUGGUGGAGGAGUACAAGCUGCUGGCCAGCGUGCCGCCCGUUCACUCGAUUGGUCGAUCCAGUGACUGGCCAGUGAUCAAGGCCCAGUUCUGGACCGACGACAUUUCCACAUGGCACCUUGACUAUCCCGAAAUGACGGACUCGCAGCUGGCCAAGUUCAACGAGGCGGCGAGCCAGCGCCGCGAAGUCUUUCGACCGGGCCAGACGCCGCUGUGGGCCCUCGCCAUGAAGUACUUUCCGCCGACGCCGCGGUCCAGCUCGCAGCUGCCUGAUAGUCCCACGUUGUCGCCCUUUGAUAGUCUGGUGCGCGUACCCGAGUUCCCGGCGACCGGCCCCCACGGCUCGCAAGACCCGCAGGGAUUCUCGCAGCUGGUGGUGCCGAUUCCCACGUCUGAGAUGGCUGCCAUGAUUGAAAGCGACUUGACGUCGUGCAUUCGCGACAUUUCGAUUCCCAUUACGGAGCCGCUUGUGUCGUUUGGGCGCGGGCCGGAGAAUACCAAUGUGUACAAGCACAAGACGGUGACGAAAGUACCGAAAUACGCCUUCAAGAUACUGCUGUGGAAGGACGGCUACGACCCGGGCAAGUUGGACCUGCCAUGGCGGUCCAACAUGAGCGAACAAGAACAGAAUGCGUUUUUCUUUUGGAUCUCGACGAAAGCGACCAACGGCAUUCGCAUCAACGGGCGGCAACUCAGCUCCUCGAGCUUCAAAUCCCCGCAUGACCCGUCCUCAAACUGGACGCGUUUGUUCAACGGCGACUCGAUUGUCAUUUGGCACGACGGAACCGGCGAGGACGGCAGCGAGACGAAGCUGACGUUUCGCUGCACAUGGGGCGGGUCGGCCGCCACGCGCGACCCCGCGAGCAUGGCGCUGGCGCUGGCGCCGACGCACACGGCGCAUAAACUAAAUAGCGGCGCGACUCGCUUCGAGGCGCAGCGACCCAAGAAUCAAAUGCGCAGGAGAGAUGCGGCAGAUACGGCGGAGAGGAGACGGAACGUGGAAAAGGAGAGGCAGAGAAAUGUGAGGUUUGAGGAGAAGAGGCAAGAAGCGAUUGCAUACCUGGCAAUGAAGCAGGGAGUUGGGGCGGUGUCGAGGAGGAACUCGCCGGCGAGGACGAUGGGCAGGAUGGUGGAGUCGACGACGAGAUUUCCGAGACGAUAG